AUGCCUCCCAGCCAAGAUGCCGCCGGGAUAGGGGCAGCAGCAGCCGCCGCCGCCGCCGCCGCUGCUGCUCCUCCGGCCAGCCCACCGCCGCCCACGAUGCCCAAGGGGGUCGUCAACGAUCCCGCCCGCACAGGCUUCGACCCCCAGAUGAAAUGGUGGACAAACUACUUCCGCAUCCUGUCCGGGCAGAUGACGGACGAGGGUAAGUUCCACUACCGUGAGUGGCGCUACAAGGUCCACGAGGAGCGCGACUGCAAGCGCUGCGAGGACUACCGCAGCUGGCUCUUUGCCUACUCGCCCGUCGUCCGCUUCCUGCAGGGCAAAAUCACCGACCUCAACGGCCGCCUCGACGCCUCCAACGUUGUCUGCCGUCGCUGCCCCGGCUUCCUCGACGAAGAGGGCAAUGAGCGUCGCCAGUCGGGCGGCUUCAGCCCGGACCAUGGCAUCCUCGUCUGCGCAAACGAGAUUCGGGACCGCAAGCACCUCGAGGACACCCUCGCUCACGAAAUGGUCCACGUUUGGGAUCACCUGCGCUACAAGGUCGACUGGAUGGGUGACAAGGACCUCAAACACGCUGCCUGUACCGAGAUUCGCGCAUCAAUGCUCAGCGGUGAGUGUCGCUGGACUCGCGAGGCUCUCACCCGCGGUAAUUGGUCUUUGACCCAGCAAUUCCAAGCCUGCGUCCGCAGGCGUGCCAUCAAGUCCGUCAUGGGCCGUCCCCGGUGCAAGGACGACGUCCACGCCGCGCAAGUCGUUAACCAGGUCUGGGACUCGUGCUACUCCGACACCAGACCAUUUGACGAAGUAUACCGAUAA